CGAUGCCUGAAACUGACGCAGGUAAUUUGUUGACGUGCGAAGUAUUUUGCUUGCUUUAAUCUUCUACUCAUGUUUUCAGAGUGUUCUAGUCAGCUCUACUUCUAUAGGUCAGGUGUCGCAUUUUGUGCAAUAUAGGCAGACAAUUUCGCCAGUUUCCCUCUGAAAUGCCGAACUUUUUAACGUUUUCCAAAUAACUCAUGAUUUCAGUUUCGUGUCUCAGUUUUCCUUUUCAUUUCGGUCAUGCGUAAAAACUGAGUACUUGGGUAUUCCAAACUAAACUGAUCUCAGAUCCUAUUACGGAGAUGUAAGAGUCUUAGAAAAUAAGUUCUUAUAAAUAAGAUCUUAUUACGACCUGUAGAAGGUGUUAUAUCUACUGCUGGUUGUGUGUCGAUUAAAGUUUUACUGAAAUUGCGUACCUACUAAGGUUCUCUGCAAAUGAGGUUAUGAAGAUGGUGUGGAAGAGCGAGUUAUCAACGAAGAAUAUAAAAUUUGGAAAAAGAAUACACCCUUCCUAUAUGAUAUGGUUAUGACACAUGCUUUGGAAUGGCCGAGUCUAACGGCACAAUGGUUGCCUGAAGUUACAAGGCCAGAAGGUAAAGAUUAUUCUAUUCAUCGGCUUAUUUUGGGGACGCAUACAUCUGAUGAACAGAACCAUCUCCUCAUCGCUAGUGUUCAUAUGCCAAGUGAUAAUGCUCAGUUCGACCCGAAUAGUUAUGAUGUUGAACGAGGUGAAUUCGGUGGAUUCGGUGCAGUUACCGGUAAAAUUGACAUCAACAUCAAAAUUAAUCAUGAAGGUGAAGUUAACCGUGCCCGUUAUAUGCCACAGAACCCAUGCGUAAUUGCUACAAAAACGCCUAGUUCAGAUGUUUUAGUAUUUGACUAUACAAAGCAUCCAAGUAAACCAGAUCCAUCUGGAGUUUGCCGACCAGAGUUAAGAUUGAGAGGCCAUCAAAAAGAAGGUUAUGGUUUAUCAUGGAAUCCAAAUUUAAAUGGUUAUCUACUGUCUGCAUCAGAUGAUUAUACAAUAUGUAUGUGGGAUAUUAAUGCAACUCCAAAAGAAGGUCGAAUUAUCGAUGCUCAAACCAUUUUCACCGGUCAUACUAGUGUUGUUGAAGAUGUCAGCUGGCAUCCACUUCAUGAAUCCAUAUUCGGCUCUGUAGCAGAUGAUAAAAAACUCAUGAUAUGGGAUACACGUAGUGGGUGUACAACACGUCCUAGUCAUACAGUUGAUUCACAUUUAGCUGAAGUAAACUGUUUAUCAUUCAAUCCGUUCAGUGAAUAUAUUCUAGCAACUGGUAGUGCUGAUCGUACUGUUGCUUUAUGGGAUCUACGAAGUUUACAGAUGAAGUUACACUCAUUUGAAUCGCAUAAAGAUGAAAUAUUUCAGGUUCAAUGGUCACCACAUCAUGAAACAAUUCUGGCUAGCUCUGGUACUGACAGACGUCUUCAUGUUUGGGAUCUUAGCAAAAUUGGUGAAGAACAAUCGGCUGAAGAUGCUGAAGAUGGACCACCAGAAUUGUUGUUCAUUCAUGGUGGUCAUACUGCAAAGAUAUCUGAUUUUUCGUGGAAUCCAAACGAUGCAUGGGUUAUUUGUUCAGUAUCGGAAGACAACAUAUUACAAGUGUGGCAGAUGGCGGAAAAUAUUUACAAUGAUGAAGAACUUCCUUUGACGAUUGAAAAUGAGCAAAUCAGUUAG